GGCGGCCGCGGCAGCAGGAGGAGCAGAGAAGGAGGAGGAGGAGGAGGAGGAGGAGGGCAAGGGAGGAGGAGGAGGAAAAGUUGCGGCAGGACCGGCGCCCCGGAGCGGCUGAGCUCCGCGCUGCUCCCAUUCAUUAGGGACCCAGCUGCAGGGGGAAGGUGGCCCGAGCGCGGCGCUGCCCGCUCCCUCGCCCGCUCGCCCCGCCGCUCUCCAGCCCGGCUCUGCGCCCGUUUCUGCUCGGCAUUUGGCUCUCUGCACCCCGCAGCCGGGGAAUUUGGAGCGCUCUGGGCUUGAGAGCGGCGAGCUGAGAGGCACACCGACACACACAAACACACACACACGCACGCACGCACGCUCCGGGCUGCAGCCGGGGAGCCGCGCGCGCCGCAGCCGCAGCAGCAGCCGCAGCCGCAGCCGCAGCAGCAGCAGCAGCAGCAGCAGCCUCGGCCCUCGGGAGGCGACCCGGGGAGCGCCACCACCGACGGGGCUUUGCUGUCGCGGGAGGCAGCCAGCGCCAUGCAAAACUACAAGUACGACAAGGCGAUCGCUCCGGAGAGCAAGAACGGCGGCAGCCCGGCGCUCAGCAGCAACCCGCGCAGGAGCGGCAGCAAGCGGGUGCUGCUCAUCGGCCUCGACCUCUUCUGCCUCUUCAUGGCUGGCCUGCCCUUCAUCAUCAUCGAGACCAGCACCAUCAAGCCUUACCAGCGAGGGUUUUACUGCAAUGAUGAGAGCAUCAAGUAUCCACUGAAAACUGGGGAGACGAUCAAUGAUGCCGUGCUCUGUGCAGUGGGGAUCGUCAUUGCUAUCCUGGCGAUCAUCACCGGGGAAUUCUACCGGAUCUAUUACCUGAAGGAGAAGUCUCGCUCGACCAUUCAGAACCCCUACGUGGCGGCCCUCUAUAAGCAAGUGGGGUGCUUCCUCUUCGGCUGUGCCAUCAGCCAGUCCUUCACGGACAUUGCCAAAGUCGCCAUAGGGCGUCUGCGUCCUCACUUCUUGAGCGUCUGCAACCCUGAUUUCCGCCACAUCAACUGCUCAGAAGGCUACAUUCAGACGUACACGUGCAGAGGUGAUGACAGUAAAGUCCAGGAAGCCAGGAAGUCCUUCUUCUCUGGCCAUGCCUCCUUCUCCAUGUACACCAUGCUGUAUUUGGUGCUGUACCUGCAGGCCCGCUUCACCUGGCGAGGUGCCCGCCUUCUGCGACCCCUCCUGCAGUUCACCCUGAUCAUGAUGGCCUUUUACACAGGACUGUCCCGCGUCUCUGACCACAAACACCACCCCAGUGACGUCCUGGCAGGAUUCGCUCAAGGCGCGCUGGUGGCCUGUUGCAUAGUUUUCUUCGUGUCCGACCUCUUCAAGACCAAGCCGACACUCUCACUGCCUCCCCCUGCCAUCCGGAAGGAAAUCCUUUCCCCGGUGGACAUUAUUGACAGGAACAAUCACCACAACAUGGUGUAGGUGCCACCCACCUCCCGAGCUGCGCUUGUAAAGUGACUACUGACAGCAACUUCUUGCUGCUCGCCAAUCUCAUCAGACAGUAGAAUGUAGGGAAAAACUUUUUACCCAACUGGUUUUUUUAAAAAAGGAAGAACAAAACAAAACAAAAUACCCCACCACUUAUACCUUGUGGCCUUCCAGCAUAGGUAGCAUUCGCCUAUAUGGAAACAACAGCAAACUAACACCAAGUGCCGACACCCCGGAUGUGCAAUUGGUCUCAGUGUUCGUGUUCUAGUGAACUCGGGCUUCUUCUGGAACAAACACUAAAAUAAUUUGAGUCCAGCCUGCUGGUCACCUUGUGACCAGAGGUAUCCCAGGCCUGUGAGGAAAGUUCCAAUUCCCCUUGUAGCACACAAUGCCAGACAUAAGCACUGAAUCAAGAAAAUAGCUAUAUUGGGGGCCAGAAGGACCCCCCCUUCUUCUGUCCCUCAGUCCACACCACUCUAUUCUUACUGACUUUGGGUUCAGGAUGGUUUGGGGCUAUUUGGGGUCUGGUUUGGUUUUUUCAAGGUAACACAAGAGCAAGUUGGCUCUGUCCGGUGAUCAGAUCCUGGAUCCAAAUUCCCAGUCUUAGGGUCUUGUCCCUCGUGUCCUCCCAGUAGUAAGUAGGAGACUCUUUGUGGAUGAGUGAAUUUCACAAAUAGCACAAUUUGGGAACGGAGAGGGGCCCUCGCCUUCCGCUCUGGAUGCAGCGCCCCGCACUGUGGAAACGGCCUUGUACCGAAAUCCCCGGCACUUGCACACUCUUAGGAACGUUGACUUCGGGGCUCCUGUGCUCUUCCUCGCCAUCCUUGUGGUGCGCCCCCACCCCCACCCCGGGCAGCUGUGGGGAGGGUGUGGAGCCAAGCCUGCCACCCAGUGAUGGAGAGCCAGAGAUGGGGAAGUGAAGGGGCACGAAUAAAAAACGGACCCACCCCGAGUCGACUCCAAGUCCGAAGGAGCCAGAGUAGCAGAUGGUCUCAUGUCUGAGCCACUGACCUUCCAGAGAAGGGAUGGAGCGAAAGCGCCUGUGGGCGGAAUCGCUCUUGCUAAGCUGGAGAAAGCACUAAUGUCUUGGGGUUGAUCUCUGGGGCAGUUCUUGGUAGGUUCUGCUGGGCAGAACUCCUGGGUUCAAUCUCCGUGGAGAGUUUUACUUACCCUUUGUGGGUGUGGGUGAGCGUCCUUCUGAGCAAGGACAGCAGGCAGUAGACACUUGCAGGCUCUACCGCCUACUCUGGGCAGGAGACAGCCCCGGGACUGGAACUCGGAAGAGAGGAGGAAGGGAGAAAUGCUUUCCGAUCUGGAUGCAAACCUUGCAAAGGGCUAAAUGUAACCACAUGGCUCAACCUCGGGCACAUCCUAACGACAGAAGCCGUCCUUUCCAUUUCAAUUUAUAGCAAGCUAUGAUUUUUAUAUAUAAAUAUUAUAUAAAUAAUGUAUAAAACAUUAAAAGUUAACUAUGUAAAAUAUUAUUUCUGAAACAAUUUUAGCUAUAUCCACUAUGAUUAUAAACUGUGUCUCGACCUGUGUUAUUUACAUUAGCUGCUUAAAAAAGCAUCGAGUUAAUUUUUUUUUAAUAUCAACUAAAAUAUCGUAGUUCUGUGGUAGACCUUGUUUUACAAUGGAGGGAAAUAACUGCAACUAGAGAAGACUGUAUAAAAACAUUAAAUUGUCAGUAUUUUUGUAAGAUUCCAUUUUGUAAAGAGAAUAAUAUGCAAAGACUUUUGUAGAAUACAAAGUGAAAACUUGUAUCUGCGAAACUAUACUUGUAUUAAAUGUGCUUUUUAAAUAAAAGCUCAUAACACAACUAA